CUUCCUGGCGCAAUGCCUCUCGGGAGCGGUAGUCUCUUCCCACCGGCUGCUCUUCCCGGGCCUCGUCGUGGUUUCCGGCCGCCAUGCCCGGGGGAAGGGGCGGCAAGGCCCGCGAGGCCGCCAACCCGGCGCUCGGGGGAGGGGGCGAGUCGGUCACAGAGCGGGUCCUGCGCGAGGCCCACGCGCUCUAUGUGCAUCCGGGUCACGGUCUGGUGACUAUCGGGGCACGGCUGGGACUGACCCUGCUCCCACCACGCCGCAAAGUGACUGUCAUGGUCAUGGGCAACCACAGCGCUGGCAAGAGUAGCUUCAUUAACUGGUAUGUGGAAGAGCACAUUCAACGAACUGGUGUCGCUAUUGAGACUCAGGGAUUCACCUUCAUCACCAGUGGAAGAAAGCGAGAAUCUCUCACGGGCAAUGCUACGCUCCAUCUGUACCCCCAUUUCCAGGCUUUGCAGAGUUUUAAAGGGGUGCCAGAGUACCUCAGCACUGAAAUCUGCACCUCCAAACAGAAGCAAUUCCCCCUGGUCACCUUCCUUGACACUCCAGGCUUGGUAGAUGGUGACAUGAAAUAUCCAUUUGAUGUAGAAGCAGCACUUAUAUGGUUUGGCCAGCUCUGCGACCUCAUUCUGGUCUUCUUUGAUCCUAUGGGGCAGGCCCUUUGCAAACGCACCCUCAACAUUGUGGAGCACCUCAAUGAAGGCUACGGUGACAAGCUGCAUUUCUACCUCAGCAAAGCCGAUGAGGCUGGUGCAGAGGGGGACAGACAGAGGGUGCUGAUGCAAAUUGUCCAGGAGCUUUGUAAGCGUCCAGGCCUGAAUAAAUGUGGUUUUGACAUGCCCACAAUCUACAUCCCCAGUCCCAGUAAGCCAAGCCGGUGCGUUAAUCAGAUUGAGGAAAUCUGCCGAUCUAUUGAUAAGACAAUCAGCCAAACGGUGCAGCACACACUCAAUGCCCUGGAGCGGGAUUGCCAUCUCAUCAAUGAGGCUACACUGCGUCUGCUAGAGGAGGACAAUGAAACCAGAAGCAGCAACUUCCGUUCCCGCUUCCGGGGGAUACUCCUGGGGAUUGCUGGGUGCCUGUUGCCCAUCUUUCUCCUUGUAACCUUGCUUUUUGGCACCUCCGUUUCUCGCCAGUUGUGGACUCUGGUCUUGGGAGAGGAGCAAAGCCAAGCAUUGGAGCUAUAUGUGCGUCCGGUUGCCACAGUCUGGAGUUUUGUCCCCGAAGAGCAGACCUUAACAGUGUUCUUUGGCCUUUUUUUCCUCUCCAUUUUCUUCUUGCUCUUGGCCAGUUAUACUUUCAGGACGAAGCCCACACUGUCAAAAAAACAGAAGCGGCAGCUGGCCGAUCGGCAAGAUUAUGUGUUGGACGUGGUGCUGGAAAAAAAGAAACAACUCUAUGAGGAAUAUCUUCGCUUAAGUAUCGGCGAGCAGGACCUGAGCUGAAACUCCUUUCCCAAUGUGUCCAGUCUCCUGUUUCUAUGACACACUCAAUCUCCCCCCACCCCCCACCCCAAUCCCACCUUUCUGAGUUGCUCCACAGAAGAAACUGUCAUACAACUGUGAAUCUUCUAAGGGGCCAGUUAGGUGCCUUCCAAUCUGGCAGGCACCUUUUUCUACAUAGGUUAAAGAGUAACCUUACAUUUGGAUAGCUCUGGUGUCUUAUGAUCUUUUAUACUGUGACUAACCAUAUCUGCAAUGUCAUUCACCCGAAUUUACAGUGAUAUACUUCCUCUUUUUCUGCUACCCUUAUAUCUGAUCAGUGCCUUGGGGUUUUCCUGUUGCCUCUGAUUUCAGGGGGAACAGCGACACUUCCAAACGGCUCUUCAUGUUUGACUGGAUUAUGCAAUUUUUUCAAUCCUAAAUGUCUUCAUAACUAUGCUCCAAGUAUUUGAAAGAUAAUGUCAAAUUACAGGCCAGUAAUAUGCUUAUAGCUCUUUAGUGACAGCCAGGCAUUUUUUUUUCAGACCAGAUUAGUAUUUCUUUUUUCUUAGUUCUGCAACUUCUCUGUGUCACUGCCUAGCUCAGUUCAGCCUGUGUCCAGUCAGUUCACAUGUCAACAAACUCAGUUGACUAGUCCUUGACCCAUCCCAUGGGAUAAGGACUAUGAAUGGGGAGACCUUUUUGUCUCUCUGCAGUUUGACAUAUUUACCUUUGAACCUCACGGGAUAUUUUGUUGGGGCAUGCAAAGGCCCCCAUCAUCCUCUGUAUCACAUUUAACAAGUGCCUUUAAAUGACACCAGCUCUUGAAAUAGAUGGCGGGUUGUUUUUGCAGAUACCACUUAUCUUUCUUUGCUCCUACCUACACUGUGAAACCAUCCCCAUACCUGUGAUUUGUGCAGAAUUAAGCUAUUUUUAGACAACAGCUUUCAGAAUCUCUCAGCUAGCAUCACCAGUGACCUCUCCAGCAGAGGGAUUUUGGCACUUGUGGUCCAAAAAUAUAGUUUUUUCAAGAUCUCAGUCUGUUAUAAGCUAUAACUUAACUCAGUACCUAUGGUAGCAUACUAGAAAUCUUAUCCCUCCUUUCAUCCAGCAUCAGAAAGAACUUUACACUGGAAAGAGGGCUGUCGAAGAUCAUGUAAACUGUUGUAUUCCCUCACUGUGCUUGUUGAUACUAGGACCCUUUCGUUGUCAGGUUUUUUGUUUAUGUACCUCAGCGAUGGCUUGAGGCGCUAUCCAGUAGGGACAAGCUUUUACAAUAGCUUUGAGAUACUCUUACCCAGUAUCUCAGAGUAUGAGAUACUCUUGGGCAGUGGUUCUCAACCUGGGAUCCCCAGAUCUUUUUGGUCUACAACUCCCAGAAAUCUCUGCUAGUUUAUCAGCUGUUAGGAUUUCUGGGAGUUGUAGGCCAAAAACAUCUGGGCACUCCAGGUUGAGAACCACUGCUCUUGGGUAACUCAAAAUAUUAAGUAAAAUGACUGUAGUAGCAGUAGUUACUGAUCAUACUGGGAUGAACAGAUGCUAUUCUCUGCAGUUCAGGGGAGGGAAAGCUUAUGGUCCUGUAGACAUUCAGAUUAUGGCUGCAGUCAUCCUUAAAGUUGCUACUAGCAGUGACCGAAAUUGUAGUUUGGUAAUAUCUAGCAGGCCACAAGGUCCCCACCCUGCUGUGUAAUCCCUUGCCUUAAAAAAUGCUUUGUGGUCUGUAGCACUCAAUCAGGGGAUGAGGCAAGCUUAAUAGCUAUCACAGCUCCAACAAGUUACACUCUAGGCUGUAGCUGCUUAAGCUUCAUGCCCAAAUUCCUUAUUAGACUGUAGUGAAGCUGCUCGAACUGAACAGCUUUCGCAAGUGUUUUGUUUACACCAAACAUGGCGAAUGUUUUGGACUGCCGCUUCCACAACUCCUUAUCAUUGGCCUGAUGGGACAUGCAGGCAAAAACAUCUGGCAGACCAUACACUCCCAUCUUUUGUUUUACACAAUUUCCUUCCCAUCUCAGACAGGAAAUGACCAGUAUUAGUAACCAGAAUUAAUGCCAACCAUUGGCUUGACUAGCAACAAGUCCUUCAGGAAGGAUGGGGAGAUGAGAAGAACUGAUGGGCAUGGCACGAAUUUCCUAACUUAUUUUCAGUUCCUCCCCAACUUCUCUUCCGUUAGUUGCCAUACAUUGCUGCUAAAAUGAUGGUGGAGGGGCUGAGAAGACAUAUUUACUUUUUGUUUUAAAAAUUGUUAGGUAUCCUUUACUGACAGAUCAAAUAGGUCUGAUAGGAACCUUAUUCAUCAAAACACUCCAGCAACACACUGCCAGGAGUUUGGGAUGGACAAUUUAAUAAACGCUUACUGGAAAACUG